GUGUGCUACGUUUCCAUAACGUGUUUUUAUCAGUGACCGAGGAAUUCAGUGUCGCAAGUUUUCAAAACAUUUGACCAUAUUUUCCGAAUCACAUCGGCGUGGAAUCGGCGUGAAAACCGAGCAUCCCCUCCGAUUGAUAACAACACCGACAAUCUGUGGGGGAAAGUGCCUUCGUUCGAUUUGUUGUGCGCGUCGGAUGCGGCGCAAACUUUCUCCCUCCCUGUCUCUCUCUCUCUCUGGGCUCUGGCCAACGUUUCGAGUCACGGGCGCCCACAGUAAGUUCGCGGCAGUUGUGCGCUAAGCAACCAUUUGGUGGCCCGUUGGACUUUUCACAGCCUCCUCAUCGACAGCCUACUAUUGUGCGUUUGAAAGACACACGUUUCAUUGUUUGCUAGCGUUACUGUAACGUCGAUUGUGUGGUUCAAAACUUCUCGGUUGCAGCAAAGUGCGUCAGCAAAUUCAUCAACAGCACCAUGUUUGUGAAACGUAGGAAGGUGGCCAACUUCAACAAUAACUCGUUUCUGGGCAAUUCAAACUAUGAACCCAACCGCAACCUCAUAAAUGGUGCACACGUGCUGCCGGAGAAGGUAUUCCGCUGUGGAAAGCACAAGGAUUGCACCGGAAAUGUAUCGGAAGAGUGCCUACAGGUGGCGACGAAUGUGACGGAGCAGAAGCACAACGUGUCGCGUGAGGUUCGCGGACAGAACCUGGGGCUAUGUCGUGGUUUCCGUGGCUGUACGAUAUGGUUGACGGGUCUGAGCGGUGCCGGAAAGACCUCGAUCGCGUUCGAGCUGGAAGCGUACCUCGUCUCGAAGGGUAUUCCAGCGUACGGGCUGGAUGGGGACAACAUUCGUACGGGGCUGAACAAGAACCUGGGCUUCUCGCAGGUCGAUCGCGAGGAGAACAUACGCCGCGUGGCCGAGGUGGCGAAACUGUUCGCCGACAGUGGCGUCGUGUCGAUCUGCAGCUUCGUUUCACCGUUUGCCGAGGAUCGCGAGAUGGCGCGCAAGAUUCAUAAGGAUAUGGAUUUGAAGUUUUUCGAAAUCUACAUCGACACACCGCUGGAAGUUUGCGAAACGCGUGACGUGAAGGGACUGUACAAGAAGGCACGCCAGGGCGUCAUCCAGGGGUUUACCGGUGUCACGCAGGCUUACGAAGCACCCGAGGCGCCCGAUCUGCGUGUCAGCACCGAAGGACUAACGGUGCGCGAAUCGACACUCCAGCUGAUCAAGCUGCUCGAGGAUGAAGCGAUCAUACCAAAGUUUCUCAAGGAAGAUGCCCCCCUACCGGAGCUGUUCGUGUCGGACGCACUGAAAGCGGCCCUCGAGACGGAAGCCAAAACGUUACCUUCGCUGACGAUAGGCACGGUAGAGCUCCAGUGGUUGCAGAUUCUGGCCGAAGGGUGGGCCUACCCGCUGAAGGGUUUCAUGCGUGAGCAAGAGUAUCUGCAGGCGUUGCACUUUAACUGUUUGCUCAGUGACGAUGAGACGCUGCGUGUCAAUCAGUCCGUACCGAUAGUGCUGUCUGCCACCGAGGCCGAUAAGCAGCGACUGGAAGGGGUCAGCGCCCUGGCACUGCACUACGAGGGCCGCAUCGUGGCCGUCCUGCGAAAACCGGAAUUCUUCGCGCAACGCAAGGAGGAACGCUGUGCGCGGCAGUUCGGGACGACCAAUCGCGAUCAUCCGUACAUUCGCAUGAUCUACGAGUCGGGUGACUAUCUCGUCGGUGGUGAGAUAGAGGCACUGGAGCGAAUCCGCUGGAACGAUGGGCUCGACAGCUACCGGCUGACACCGAACGAGUUGCGACAGAGGUUCCGCGAAAUUAAGGCCGAUGCAGUGUUCGCCUUUCAGCUGCGCAAUCCCAUCCACAACGGUCACGCACUGCUGAUGAGUGACUGCCGGCGACAGUUGCUGGAGCGCGGCUUCAAGAACCCGGUACUGUUGCUGCAUCCACUCGGUGGCUGGACGAAGGAUGACGAUGUGCCACUGCCGGUGCGAAUGGCACAGCACCAGGCGGUACUGGAUUCGGGUGUCCUCGAUCGUGAGCACACGGUCCUGGCCAUCUUUCCCUCACCGAUGAUGUACGCCGGUCCAACCGAGGUGCAGUGGCACGCUAAAGCUCGCAUGAAUGCAGGUGCUAAUCAUUACAUCGUUGGACGGGAUCCGGCCGGUAUGCCACACCCGGACAAGAGCGUUUAUCCGGAUGGUAACUUGUACGAGGGUACACAUGGUGCACGCGUUCUCAAGAUGGCACCAGGAUUGGAUAGCAUAGAGAUCCUUCCAUUCCGAGUGGCAGCGUACGAUAAGUCCAAAUCGCAGAUGGCCUUCUUCGAUCCGGCUCGCAAGGCCGACUUUGAUUUCAUCUCAGGGACGCGCAUGCGAACGUUGGCGCGCAACGGUGAAAAUCCGCCCAAUGGAUUCAUGGAACCGAAAGCUUGGCAAAUACUGGCCGAGUACUAUCAGUCACUGCAGAAGCAGUGAGCGUAUUGGCAUUUAUCCGUGUCCGCGUUCGCGUCCGAGCGAAGAUUUUUGUUUAUUAGUCAUGUGGCAUUUGAUGUUUUCAUGUGUUUUUUUGAUUUCAUUUUAAAUCAUAUUUUACGCUGCUUCGGUGCACAAUGGUACUGUGCACAACUUCCGUGGUCAACAAUGAUAUAAAUACGUUACUUUGGAAAAAUA